CGACAACAUCCAUGUACUCUCAGCACCAUGCCCUAACCAACCUGAAUGGUAAAGCUGUCGUUCUGUCGUUCGUUCAUCUGCUUCUCUCUGCGAUUGGAGCGUCAUAACACAAUCCAGACACUUGACAUUGACCGACACUACUAUUAUCACCAUCCCAUGCGUCGUUCGCCUACUAGAUUUCCACUCAUCUCUGCUACCUGUAACUACCUUGCAUUUAUCAGGACAAAAUGUUGCUACCCGUGCGAUCACCUUCUAAAGAGUCAACUACUUCACACCACCCUCUGCCGACUACAGUCUUACAUACAGUGAACGUAAUGCGCUCAACACACCACGAAACCAAUAAAUCUUCUCUCAAGACACCAGAUAUGGAAACCGAAGUGUCACAGAUAGAAGCCAUCUUUUCAUCUCACACUUCUCAAACGACUUCUCCCGACUCUUCAACCCAGACGCAACAUGCACAGGCGCCUCCACCCGAACCAACCACCACUCCAACCUCCAACACAGGUGCCAAUUGCGCGGCGAGGCAAAGUCCGAAGAGGGCUCGUGGAGAGGAUGAUGAUUUAGCAUCUGCAGCCAGUACGCCACAUUCAAAAAGGACUAACAACAAGGCAAGCGCGACACCAAACAGCAAGGCAACUAUAAAGAAGCCUGCUCGCAAGAAGUCUGCGCCCAAGAAAACCACUACGCCAACACCCUCUAGGUCGCAACCUUCAAGAAACCGCAAAGCCCCUGAGCGCUUUGAAGACUUUGAGGAGAAAACAGCCAAAUCUCUCCCAAGCAAGAAGGGUACCAGUAAGGUUUUUGACUCCGUCUUCAUCACAACAAACUCCACCAGCCGCUUGGUCAAGGCAGAUAUAUACCAUAUGCUUCUUGAAGGCUCAGCCUGGUCAUGUCUUAGUGCAGAACAGCAAAGCACUCUCAUUGCCAUGUUACCUCAGGACAGUACAAACCAAGGUUUGUUGACCAAGAUCAACGCAGGCGAAACGGAAGGCACACGACCAUCAGCUUUUACUUUAGCAAAUGACUGCUUCCGUACCGAUGUCGCAAAGUUUCAGGAAGAUCUCAAGAAUGGUCAUUUGGCCAAAACUUGGCAGACCGCUGCUGAACAGGCAGUCAUUGAGCGCGCAGCAGGAGAGUACGACAGGUGGAAAGCUGAAGAAGCAGAAUCAUGGUGGGGUCAAAAAAGCGUGUGAAGCAUCAUUAUUCAGAAAUACCUGCCAUGGGACCAAGGUGGGUGACUUCGCGUCUGUAACCUGAGUUCACACGUACUCAAUGAAAUGCUACAUUCAGAGACACACUUUAGUACUCCAUUCCGGCGUCUGCAAACAGAUUCAUGCUACUUGCAGUAUGGCUUUCAAUAGUUGGAGU